AUGAAUCCUGAGUCUAUUAUCUCACCUUCCAGUCAACCCACCGUUGGUACAGAGCCAGACGUCUUUGAGAAGCAGGAUGAGAUUAACAUGGAAAACGAUGACCCAGAGGACCCUUCAGGAUCGAAUCAUGGAGGCGUUUUGGAAGACCUUCCAAUCGAAAUGAUUAGCUUGACUGACAGAUUUGUUGAGUCCUUAAGUGCCAAAGUCUACGAUACUCCUCCUUCGAUAGACAAAUUAUCAGACAUUUUUCAGGAGUUCUAUGUUCGUGCUUCUUCGCAUGUUGAAACCCAUAUUUUCAUCUUAGCCUCGCGUCUUCGUCGUGAUGCUUCUCCGUCUCCCAACCCAAGCAAUUCGGCUACUUCAAAACCUCUUUCAGAGCAACAAAUGCUCACCGCGACCGAGGUUGUUGAGAGACGCCGCGCAAGGAAAUUACUGCAGUAUAAACGUCAAGCCUUAGAAGAAGCUAUAGAAAAGAGGGCCUGUGAAUCUAUUUACGACAAAAUAUGGCGCCACAAAACCACUCUCGACGAGGUUAGGGACGAAAAAUUACGCUCUAAAACUGCCGCAUUAGCUGUGAUGGGCUUUGGCCUCAAAGAUCUCGGAGUUGAAGUCAAUACUAGCAAGGAGGAUAUUGUAGCUUCAGAACAUUGGCUUGAAAAUGCAAGAAGCAGUUUAAUGAAAAUGAAUACUACAAAAUGCCCUCAUGAUAAAAUCCAACUUCUUACUACAGCACACAAGGCCAUUGUCGACAGCCUCACAGAAGUCCUACCCGCCUCUUCGUCCGCGGAUGAAAUCCUUCCCACCCUCAUAUACGCUCUUGUCACAUCUCCUCCAGAGGGUAUCAAUAUAAUCAGCAACCUGUUGUUCAUUCAACGUUUCCGUGCCGCCAGCAGGAUUGAUGGAGAGGCUGCAUAUUGCCUGACAAAUCUAGAGGCGGCGAUUAGUUUCUUGGAGAACGUCGACUUGACGAAUACAGAUGAACUUGGACAAGGCGUUCCAAGUCCGAUCGUUUCAAAAGUGUCCAGCUGUUUCACAGAUCCUCUGCAGACAAAGAGCAAUAGCCAAUCAUCUAAUGUGGACGGUUUAUCAAAGCAGAAUAAUCUUUCCCCGAUAUCCAGAAUACAUACACCACAACAAGAACCUCUAGCAGGAUCUCCCCAACAUCGCCUUAGCAGCAUUUUUCAACCUCCAGCCAAGGCACUAGGCGCAGCAAACGAUUUAGUACGCAAUACCGCUGAUCAAGGAAUGAAAAACAUCAGUAACACACUUGAUAACAGUUUUAAAUUCUUAUUUGGCCGACUAAAAGAGGUCCAACUGAAGCAAGGUGAAGGAGCCAAAGACCUUACUGCUAUUGUACCAAAGACCCUCGAUGAUGCUCGCCGAUUGGUGAAUUCUCCCACUGAUUUUCAUGAUACCGUUUCCGGUGACGACACAGCCGAAAAAGGCGAUAGAAUCGUUGGUGCCUCUAACUCUGCAAGGCCUAAACUGGAUGACAGGUUGGCUAGUUUAGUAGCCGGGCGGAAGCCCUCUAGUGAUCGUAUAGUGAAACACGCUCUCGGACCUAGAGCAGAAAUAGUCGAUUCAACCCCUGAUACAUCCACCCCAGCUUCCCUGAAUCCGCAAGGGAAUAAUAAUUCUACUUUUGGAUCUAUGCGGAGUUUUGGAAAUACCCUGAACCCUUUAAAUCACAUCCCUGGAGUGAUACGUGGCCUAAGUCGGAGCUCCACUGAACCAAAUCAAGUCAUACCCAGCGAACAGGCCCUGCCAAUUUCUGCCAGGGAGCUUGGCUCUGUUGCUAACGUAAGCCCUCCAAUACAGAGAUUCUUGGAGUUGGAACAUUCAUCCCAGCUCAAAAUUGGGGAUAUUCCUGAGCUUCUUGAAGAUUACAAAAGGCUAGCAUCGAUUUUUAACUCCGCCCGUUUUACCAAUGCCAGUGCAUCCAAAAACUGA